AUGGUUGAUCACCCGGACGCUCAGGAAGAAAUGAUGAACUUCAAUUUUGUGAAGAACGCAAACGAAGCUAGCGCUCUUCGCAAUGAGCUUCUCGCUUUGGCUGUACUCUUGUGCCUUCUGAUUCUCGGUGUCGUCAUCUACUUCGUCUUCCGCUCAAUGGUCUACAUCAAGAAGGAAAAGGCUCAAGAACGCUUGCCAAUCAACACUUUUGCACCAAUCAAUCUUCCAUGA